AUGACGGCAUCGACGACCUAUCCGCCAGCAUUGGCGAGGUACAGACACACAGCGGCGCCCUACGCUCUGAUCACCGGAUCCACAGCCGGCAUGGGAGAGGCGUGGGCGUACGCUCUAGCAUCUCACGGCUUCAACCUGCUUCUGCACGGUCGUUCGGAAGAGAAGCUCUCAGCCCUACGCCAUUCCAUCCUGUCGCAAAACGUUCAAAUCACUCCCAAUCUCGACAUUCGCUACGUCAUCUGUGACGCUUCCCUCGUUCCCACCGACAUCAAGCCCAUUCGAGAGGCGAUUGGAAAGAUUGCAAAUUUGGCAAUCGUGGUCAACAAUGUGGGAGGUAGCGGAGGUGGAUACGACUCGAUCGAAGAGGCGGAUCCUGAAAAGCUGGAGGAUGAAAUCGCGACGAAUGUCACGUUUCCCUCGCUCGUAGCCAACGCCACUCUGCCCAAACUGAGACAGCAACAGCCAAGCUUGAUGGUCAAUGUCUCGAGCAUCAGCGGGCUGUUCCCCACACCAUUGUGAGUCAUGCUGCCUUUUCGCGCCACUUGUCUUGCAUUUCCCAAGCUAGUCCACGUCGAUUUGUUGCGCGCGGCGGCAACGUAGUCUAUAGCUGAGACCUGCUCCUCCCCGUUUUGGCACGCGCGUCCAUCUCCACAGCGUCACGGGAUACAGCGCUUCCAAAGCUUUCAACCGACACUUUUCAAUGGGCAUCUACCACGAAGAGAAGGCUCUUGGCACACAAGUGGAUGUCGUUUGUCUGGGUCCAGGCGUAGUGGUGAACAAUCGAGGUGUUCAGGGAGGUGGAACAUCCAUGGCUCCGCUCGCUUCCACUUGGGUGGACAAUGCCAUCAAGACAAUUGCGCCCAAGUUUUGGAGGAGCAGGCCACCCGCUUGGUCUCUGCCUCAUACCCCACACAAUAUGGCAGCUCAAUUUUGCAAAUGGUUGCCAGAGAGCGUAGCUUUGGGCUUGUUCAGAAGGGAAAUGAUCGGUUUGAGGAAUAACGAGGGGAACAAUAGGGCUGGAGGUGGAAGUUCUGCCAAUGGCACAGGGUUCACCCACCUCAGCGCUAGGGCCGAAGCUCGUUCAAAAGCAAAACUCAGCGCAAAUGCCAGCAAGUCCAAUUCUCCAGCCAAUGCCGCUUCGAGGAACGGACCAGUGAGCGAGGUGACUCAAGCUGGGCCCGCAUCUGCUCCUGAGCCCGAAAGAGCGCCUGCGAGCGCUCCUGCUCCUGCUCUCACGCAAGUAGCAGCAGCCCCUGCUAGUCCGAGCACCGCCGGAGUGAGCGCUACCAAAGCAUCGCCUCAUCUUUCCAAGAAGAGCGUCGACGAAUCUGCAAAUCCAAAACCUCCUGCUGCUGGUCCUCCAUCCACCGAAAUUCUUGCCGCCUAG